AUGCACUAUCAGGAUCCUCUAGAGAAAGAUGGUGGAUGGGCGUGGGUUGUUGUUUUUGGGGCAUUUAUUUCACACUUCAUGACAUGCGGUUUUGAAAAAGGAUAUUCAGUUCUUUAUGUCGAAAUUAUUCGCGUAUAUAACACUAGUGCUGCACUAACAGCGGCUCUAGGAGGUUUCGCAUCUGCUAUUCGUUUGCUUCUAGCCCCUUUGUCGGUUUCCUUUAGCAAUAUGUAUUCCGAACAGAAGGUAGCUAUGGUUGGCGGCUUAUUGACAUUCCUUGGCCUUCUCAUAUCAGCAAUGAGUCGCCAUUUCGUCACAUUUUUCAUUGCAUAUGGAGCUGUAUUCGGUUUUGGAUUAACUCUUUCAUAUACUCCCUCUUUGAUCAUAUGCACACAUUACUUCCACAAACGUCGUGCUACCGCCCUUAGCCUUUCUCUUGCUGGAUGUGGCUUUGCAACUGUCGUGAUGCCGUAUUUGUUUUACGUCCUGAUCAGUUAUUAUGGACUACGUGGUGCCAUGAUUAUUCUCUCUGCGUUAAGUCUUCACUACUGUGUUGCUGGCGCCCUGUACUACAAAAAAAAAUCUGAGGAGAAAAAUGUACCAACUUGUGAAGCCUCAAACGUAAAAGUGAGCAUACGCUCACGAAUUACCAACUACCUUGUCUUACUACUGAAGAUCAAAGUUGCCUCAGGAAUAUGGGUGAAGUUAUUUUUGUUUUCAUUCAUCUUAAAUAUGAUGGGUUCGUCCCCUGUAACAACUCUUCUGAUCGAUCAUGCAGAACAGCUGGGGUAUGUUGGCAGUAGUUCAGUACAAUUACUGAUGAUUGAAGGCACUGUACAAUUGGUAAUGAGAAUAGCUUUGGGAUUCUUUUUCGAUAUUCGUUUCAUAAGACCUUAUAGAGGUCUGAUAUGGACUAUUGGGGUAGCUUUCUCCUCUGUGAUAAUUAUUUUCAUCGCAUUCGCUACUGAUUUGAAACUGUUAUCAGCUGUCAUGUUUUUCAGAGGAGUAGCUCUAGCUCUCUACAUCUCUCAGCAAGCUGUAGUUUUAUCAGAUUUAUGUGAAGGUCAACCAGAGACAACUAGUCAGACAAUUGCUAUAGCACAAAUCUGUAAAGGAUUAGGAACUUUAUUUGGAUCUUACUUUGCUGGUUUAAUUAAAGACUAUGCAGAAGAUUAUCGUCCUGCAUUCAUUUUUCUUGGUGGAAUGCAAUUCUUGGGUUUUCUGACAGCGCUUAUUGCAUCUGUGUGGGCUAAAUGGAAUGCACGCAAAGAAAAGGCUUUAGAGGCUACCGAAAACUUAAUCCAUAGUAGUAGUCUAGGCAAUAUAUCCGAUGUAUCAUCUCAUUUUGCCUUAAAUACAAAUGUAACCAGUCCAUCAAAUGAAUUAAUGAAUAAAAUUAUGAUUCUACUUGCACUUCACAAUGGAGUGAUCAGCCACUUGUCACAUGUUUACUGA